GUCCCCGGGCAGGUGGCGGGUGAGCGGGGACGCGGUCCCCCUGCUCCGGUCCCCGUCGGGCUGCGCGCGUCCUAGCCUCGGAGGUCGCCUGGCCAGGCGUCCGAUGCCUUUGUCUGUGGCAGAGCGGGCGUUUGCAUCACAUUUCGGACACCUCCCUUUCUUUUUCGCCACUCCUUCUCCCGCUCAUAUCUUCUCACUGCCAUACCCUCACCCCCCUAAACUGCCAGACUGCUGAUCUCCUGGACCUAAGCACGCGGACGUCUGCUAUCCUAGCGAUGUCUUCUCUCCAGAAAGUUGCCGCCGCUGCCGCCGCCGGGCAGUGAAACAAAGUCUGGCGGGGCCGCCUCCUGGUGCAUGAGCGCACCAGUACCCAGCGUCUGGACGCCGCCGGCUGGUGUUGCAGUUUGCCUCCCUGGAACCUGAACCGCGCCGGGCCAUGGCUGAGGGUGCGGCGGUCAGGGAGGGUCCUGCGCAACCCGACGCGGCCGGGGGCGAAGAUGACUCCCGAGUGGGCCUAGACAUCGCCUGCGGGGACGGUGAGGCGGCGGCCCCUGGGGGCCGGUCGAGGGACCGUCGCAGCGGGGUCGCGCUGCAGGGCGUUGCAGGGGCCCCAGCGGACUCUGAAGCCGGCCUCCUGGAGGCGGCGCGGGCGACCCCCCGGCGCAGCAGCAUCAUUAAGGAUCCUGCAAAUCAAAAAUGUGGCGGAAGAAAGAAAACUGUGUCUUUCAGCAGCAUGCCAUCAGAAAAGAAAAUCAGCAGUGCGAGCGACUGUAUCAGCUUUAUGCAAGCUGGCUGUGAACUGAAGAAAGUCCGACCAAAUUCUCGCAUUUAUAACCGCUUUUUUACCCUGGACACAGAUCUCCAAGCUCUUCGCUGGGAACCUUCCAAAAAAGACCUUGAGAAAGCUAAGCUUGAUAUUUCUGCCGUAAAAGAGAUUAGACUGGGGAAGAACACAGAGACGUUUAGAAACAAUGGCCUUGCUGACCAGAUUUGUGAAGAUUGUGCCUUUUCCAUACUUCAUGGGGAAAAUUACGAAUCUCUGGACCUAGUUGCUAAUUCAGCAGAUGUAGCAAAUAUCUGGGUGUCAGGGUUACGGUACCUGGUCUCACGAAGUAAGCAGCCCCUUGAUUUUAUGGAGGGUAAUCAGAACACACCAAGGUUCAUGUGGUUGAAAACAGUGUUUGAAGCAGCAGACAUUGAUGGGAAUGGGAUCAUGUUGGAAGAUACCUCUGUAGAGUUAAUAAAACAACUCAACCCUACUCUGAAGGAAUCCAAGAUCAGGUUAAAGUUUAAAGAAAUACAGAAGAGCAAAGAAAAACUAACCACCCGAGUGACAGAAGAAGAAUUUUGUGAAGCUUUUUGUGAACUUUGCACCAGGCCUGAAGUGUACUUCUUACUUGUACAGAUAUCUAAAAACAAAGAAUAUUUGGAUGCCAAUGAUCUCAUGCUCUUUUUAGAAGCUGAACAAGGAGUUACCCAUAUCACUGAAGAGAUGUGUUUAGACAUUAUCCGGAGGUAUGAACUUUCUGAAGAAGGACGUCAAAAAGGGUUUCUUGCUAUCGAUGGUUUUACCCAGUAUUUGCUGUCACCAGAAUGUGACAUUUUUGAUCCUGAGCAAAGUAAGGUGGCCCAAGAUAUGACUCAGCCAUUAUCUCACUACUACAUCAAUGCUUCUCACAACACCUAUCUCAUAGAAGACCAAUUCAGGGGACCUGCUGAUAUUAAUGGGUAUGUUAGAGCUUUGAAAAUGGGCUGUCGAAGCAUUGAACUUGAUGUAAGUGAUGGUUCAGACAAUGAACCAAUAGUUUGUAAUCGAAAUAAUGUGACCACACAUCUUUCCUUCCGAAGUGUCUUAGAGGUGAUAAAUAAAUUUGCUUUUGUUGCUUCUGAAUACCCACUCAUUCUCUGCUUGGGAAAUCACUGCUCCCUACCACAGCAGAAGAUAAUGGUUGAACAGAUGAAAAAGGUCUUUGGAAAUAAACUCUAUACUGAAGCACCUUUGCCAUCAGAAUCCUACCUCCCAUCACCAGAAAAAUUAAAAAGAAUGAUUAUUGUGAAAGGAAAGAAAUUGCCUUCUGAUCCAGAUAUUUUAGAGGGAGAAGUAACAGACGAAGAUGAAGAAGCUGAAAUGUCUCGAAGGAUGUCAGCAGAUUACAAUGGUGAGCAGAAACAAAUUUGGCUGUGUAGGGAGCUCUCUGAUUUGGUAUCAAUCUGUAAAUCUGUUCAGUACAGGGAUUUUGAACUGUCUACGAAAAGCCAAAACUACUGGGAAAUUUGCUCAUUUAGUGAAACAGAGGCCAGUCGAAUUGCAAAUGAAUACCCAGAAGAUUUUGUAAAUUAUAAUAAGAAGUUCUUAUCAAGAAUCUAUCCAAGUGCAAUGAGGAUCGAUUCCAGUAACUUGAACCCACAAGACUUUUGGAAUUGUGGUUGUCAGAUUGUAGCAAUGAAUUUUCAGACUCCAGGGCCAAUGAUAGACCUGCACACUGGCUGGUUUCUUCAGAAUGGAGGAUGUGGUUAUGUUCUCAGGCCGUCUAUUAUGCGGGAUGAAGUUUCUUACUUCAGUGCAAAUACCAAGGGCAUUGUACCUGGUGUGUCACCUCUAGCUCUUCAUAUCAAGAUCAUCAGUGGUCAGAAUUUUCCAAAGCCCAAAGGUGCUUGUGCCAAAGGGGAUGUCAUAGAUCCUUAUGUUUGUAUAGAGAUACAUGGAAUACCAGCCGACUGUUCAGAACAAAGAACUAAAACUGUUCAACAAAACAGUGAUAACCCAAUUUUUGACGAAACGUUUGAGUUUCAAGUAAACCUACCUGAACUGGCCAUGAUUCGCUUUGUUGUUCUGGAUGAUGACUACAUUGGGGACGAGUUUAUAGGGCAGUAUACAAUACCUUUUGAAUGUUUGCAGCCUGGAUAUCGGCAUGUUCCCCUCCGUUCCUUUGUGGGUGACAUCAUGGAGCACGUGACCCUUUUUGUCCACAUAGCAAUAACAAAUCGAAGUGGCGGAGGAAAGGCACAGAAGCGCAGCCUUUCAGUGAGAAUGGGGAAGAAAGUUCGGGAGUACACCAUGCUCAGGAAUAUCGGCCUUAAAACCAUAGAUGACAUCUUUAAAAUAGCAGUUCAUCCCUUACGAGAAGCCAUAGACAUGAGAGAAAAUAUGCAGAAUGCCAUAGUGUCUGUUAAGGAGCUGUGUGGACUUCCUCCAAUUGCCAGUCUGAAGCAGUGCCUGCUCACCCUGUCCUCUCGGCUCAUCACCAGCGACAAUACCCCCUCAGUCUCUCUUGUGAUGAAAGACAACUUUCCUUAUCUGGAGCCUCUGGGGGCAAUCCCAGAUGUGCAGAAAAAGAUGCUGGCUGCUUAUGAUUUGAUGAUUCAAGAGAGCCGAUUUCUCAUAGAAAUGGCAGACACAGUCCAGGAAAAGAUUGUGCAGUGUCAGAAAGCAGGGAUGGAGUUUCAUGAGGAACUUCAUAAUCUGGGGGCAAAAGAAGGCUUGAAAGGAAGAAAACUGAACAAGGCAACUGAGAGUUUUGCUUGGAACAUUACAGUGUUGAAGGGCCAAGGAGAUCUGCUGAAGAAUGCCAAGAAUGAAGCUAUAGAAAACAUGAAGCAGAUCCAACUGGCAUGCUUAUCUUGUGGACUGAGUAAAACCGCAAGUGGCUGUGCCGAGGCCAAGAGCAAGCGCAGCCUAGAAGCCAUAGAAGAGAAGGAGAGUGGUGAGGAGAAUGGGAAGCUGUGACCCUGAGCAUAUUCUUCCUGUCAAAGACUCUGGGUUUUCCUUCUUUAGGCUUUUUAGAAAUUCACUAAAAGUGACCCUCUGUGGGGAGCUGGACAUAAACAGAUAUUUUCACAAUGUCAGUAUUUUAACAUAGUUAAUUUAUCUAAAUUAAAAUCUUUAGUAGCAGUGUUUAAAAUUCUGAUUGUGUGUACGCACAUGUUUAGAUGUGUGUGUGUUUGUGUGUGUGCUUGUGAGAAAGACAGAAAUAGAAAAAGAGAAAUGACGAGAGAUUUGUAUUUGUGAUGAGAGAAACAGAGAACUUGUUAAAAUCUAUUCUGUGUUGCAGUAUCCAUUUAGUAAAUUAUUAUUUUAUCAUUUGGGGACAAAUUUGUUAACGUGAAAUUCUAGAGAGCACUUAUAUAACCUGUUGCUGUGUUUAAUUUUACUUCUGUGCUUUUGUCAUUUGAUUUAGAGGUCUUACCAUAGCUUACAUUGAAGGAAGCCAAAUUCACCAGUGCAUAGAUAUUUUGAUAGAUUAAUUAUAGAUUAGAAAAAUUCCUAAGAAACACAAUAGAAAUAAGGGUGAGCAAAAGACAAAUAAAUGAUCAGGAUUGCUGAAAAGUUCAGCAAAGUCAUUUCUUUAGUUAGUGAAUGCUUGAAAAUAUUUACUAAACAAAAACAAUUUUUAGAAAAAUUUCUGUAGUUUCUAAAUAGAUAUGAUUUCAUGGAAAAGCUGAGUAUAAGUGAAUUUAAGCUCACCUAUGUGGUACUAUGAACGUUCUGUUCUAAUUAGAAUUUUGAAGUGAAAAUACUAUUCAGUUGUGAAAUUUCAAGAUUGAGACUUGUAAGAAGCUCUCACUCAUGCAAAAUGGGAGUCUGGCAUUCAUUUUCUAUAAAAGACAUGGGCAGCUAGGAAGUCAUGUCUUUGAUGGAAAUUGACUAAGAGUAAAUUUAAAGACAUUUUAUAAAUAAUUCCAUGUCAUCAUAUUGAGCUGACAUAAAUUCUGUGUGUCAGAUAACAUCUUCAUGGUGAUUUAAGAAUUGAUUACAAAAUAUCUAUGAUCGAAUUUUAACACAUACAGGAACACAAAAGAAGCAAAUAACUAAUUAGGUAUAUUUAUAAUUGCAUCAGAUCAUUUUUGCCCUAAUAUUUUCAUAAAGUACUUGAGUGGAAUAUGUUUGUUACCUCCAACAGAACUAAAUGUUCUAUGAUUAUGAAAGUGUAUUUAUUUAAAACAUUGCUUUUAUUUUGAAAAGCUUCUAAUUAAUUUGAUUAACAAAUGUGCUAAUUUGGGGGAAUCUAGGGAAGAUAAUUGUUGAAAUCUUGCAGAUAUAAACAUCUUCUAUAGCUACUGUGUUAAGUUAUUUCUGACUUCUUAACACUAUUAUGUUCAUGUUGCACAUUAUUGAAAGA